CCAUACUUGAGACUUCAGUUUGUAAACAAACAUGGCAGACAACGUUGGUAUGGAAGAGUCUUCUACCCCGCCUGUGGUCGGGUCCACAGAUCCCUGCCAGUCUAUUUUACCUACGGUGCUGCACAUGAUAGAGGAUAACACCGCAAACUUCAAAAAUGACGAUUCUGAGUAUGGACAGCGAUUACACAGUGGAUUUGUUCUACUCAAAGAGAACAUGGACAAGGUGAUAGAGCUCUCCGAGAGUGUAAGGAAGGAGGUGCAUUUAUAUGAUUUUGACGCAGAGACUCCUGGAAAUGGUUUUAGAAGUUUCAACAACAUCGUACAACAAGCGAUACUCAGUGUGUUCGACUUAUGCAAGCAAAUAUGCACUGGCAGAGAUUCCUUGCUCUUCAGGAAAGGCCAUUUUGUCAGGGAAGUUGAAGCAUGGGGGCAGACCUUGGCAUCACUGGUUGUGCUGCUGGAAUACAUUGAAAAUAUGUUGUUGCCACGUUGUGAAGAUGGGAACCUUCUGUCUGGUAUCAGUAGUUCACCAAAUGAGUUAAUGAGUAUGCUCAACUCAGUACCACAGUACUCCUUUUAUGGGCGUUGUCUGGGAUUUCAUUAUUAUCCAUCUCUUCGGAAAACUCUGAAGUAUCUGAAUAUUUGUCUGAGUGCAUUCAGUGAGGUGUACUAUGCUGAUGGCAACAGCUUCAUGCAACGAACAAAAAAUACAGUCAUGUCAAGUAGCAGAUAUGUUGUUGAUGCUGAACUUCGAUCACGAAGAAUUGUUGAUGUUGUCCAGUACUCUUCUGUGGAAUUCAUUAAAGCCUUUUGGUCUGUGGCAGAAACAGAUUUCAUGACACAACUGCCAGGGAUUGUUGGUCCUAGUUUGGCUGUGCAGCAGGUAGUAAUUGUUCCAUGUGAGGAGCAGCAGGUCACCAAGAUGGAUGGUACAGCUACAGUUGUUGUUCCUCCUCCCCACUCACACAUCGAGGCACGACCCAUUACUUGCCACUUGCUGUCAACACAGCUCCGUGAAGGAAUGGUAGGCGGGAAGCCUGGAGAGAAGGACCACAAGGGAGCAUCAGUCCUACCCCCAUCAGAUUGCCUCCUAAUUCAUUGUCAUGGUGGAGGCUUCGUGACCCAGUCUACCAAAGCCCAAGAAGUAUUCCUAAGGGAGUGGGCAGUUAGUGUUGGUGUUCCAAUUCUCUCAAUUGAUUACUCUUUAGCACCAGAAGCCCCCUAUCCACGACCUCUGGAAGAAGUGUUGACUGUUUACUGUUGGGUGCUGAACAACAUGAACCUCUUGGGCUCUACAGGAUCAAAGAUUAUCAUGACAGGUGACAGUGCUGGAGGUAACUUAAUUGCGGGACUCACAAUAAAGUGUUUGGAGCUUGGAAUACGCCCAGCAGAUGGCUUAUUCUUUGCCUAUACACCAUUUGUCUUUGAACUUGUCCCAUCGCCUGCGAGGCUGCUAGCUGUCAUGGAUCCUAUGCUGCCUCUGGGUUUUGCUCUGAGAUGUCUUAAAGCUUAUGCGGGCGUCUCAAGUGGACAAACAUCUCGAGUCACUUCACCUGGAGAUAUAACAUUGCCGACACUCAGCUCUCAAACAUCUAGGGUUUCUACGAAUUCAGAGUACACAGAUGCUGCUAUAGACAAUACCCCAGUUUCACUUAAUAUACCUCAGACAAAGUCAGGUGUGUCAGACCCACAAAGUGACACAGAAUCCUUUGUUGAAGUCUCAGAAAGUGAUGUAAAAGAAGCUGAAGCAUUGGUCAAAAGUCCCUCAUUCCUCUCAGACCCAGGAUCUGACACCCUUACAACUGUCUCAUUAACAUCAGAGGCAUCCAAACUAGAAGACUCAUCCAUAAAGAAUAGCAAUGGUAGUGGUAACCAGAAACCCCGAGAAAAAGAGGAACGCUCCAGGCGAUAUGUAACUGAGUUUUUGGAAAAAUAUGUCCUAGAUUCUCGCACAGACAAACAAGGUCGAAGAGUCCCUAUACUUCGCACUGGAAGUGAGGAGAGUGAACAGGAGGAUGAAACUGUACUAUUUGAGGCUCCAAGCGUGGGUGCAGGCAUCACUGCUAAACUUGGCCGAGCCAAGGAUGCUGUUGUUAGUGGCAUAUCAGCAGGACUGACAUCAUUUGGACUCAAAAGAAAGGAAAGCGUUUCAUCACCAACUUCUCCUGUAAAGCCACCACCAGCAACUACAGCUGCAAAGAGGCCAUCUCUGGGUCAAAUCCUCAUGGGUAAAUCACCAUCAAGGAAGAACAGCCGCUGUAGCCUGAUGGAGGAAUUCAGUGGCGUGGAAAUCAUAAGUGACCAUUAUCUCAGCCCUCUCACUGCCCCAAAAGAAAUCCUGGCCAAAUUCCCUCCUUGUGCAAUUCUUACUGUAGAGUAUGACUUCUGCUUGGAUGAUGAUGUUACAAUGGCCAAAACAUUGAAGUCCUUGGGUGUGCCUGUCACCAUUGAUAUUCUAGAACGACUCCCACAUGGAUUCCUCAGCCUGUCUCUGGUGUCACAAGAGGCACAUAAUGGAUGCAAAAAGGCCAUUGAGUGCAUAAAGCAACUCUUAAGUAAGGAAGAUACUGAACAACAUUUGUUGGCGAUGAGUGGUUGACCGUCAUAAUGGCAGCCUAAACCAGAGUGACCAGAGCCACCAAAAGCUCCACCCUCGAGCUGGACAAAUAUUAUCAGGACUUCGACGAGCCAGAGCCUCUCGGCAGCAAAAACCGGAUCAGACUGGAGCCGGGUACUGGAGAGUAUGAGGACGCUAUCCAGCAAGUGGCACAUAUCAGUGCCACAGAUGCCUCCAAGCUCAAAGAGCUAUCAACACUGAUAGUUAAACAGUUUUCUGCUGUCCAUAUAAAGCUGGACACUAUUAUGCAAUGCAUGGCAACUCAUGAAUGAAACCAGGAUUAAUGCCCUAGAACUGGCUCCUCAGCCCAUUGCUCUGGUUCAGCCUGAACAGGAUGAUGAUGAGUAUGAUGCUGAUGACUUCUAAAUGAAUGAAAAAGUGGUUGACGCACAUAAGCCAUGGAUGGAUAUAGUGAGGUUCCCAUGGUGUGAGCGAGCCAUAACUGCAUGAUAGUCAGAAGUGGGGUGUUGAAUGUAGUUGAUUAAAAAAACAAAGGUCAGAUGCACUGAAGGCAGGUGGUAAUAGAUAAAGCAGGGCCUGUGUAAGAAAUCUAUCAAUAAGUUGGCAAGACAGCUGACAUAAGUGUUCAUUGAGCUCACUUGUAAUAAAUUAUUAUCAGUCACUAAUGACUUACUUAAAAGCUCUCUUUAGGUUUAUAACGUAUAAGAUUGUGAUCUGUGAUAAAGAUGACAGAUCCCUAACCCCGUCCCCAUCCACCAUGUUGGUCACUUAUGACAGCCAACAUGAAGGAUACAUUCUUUACAACCUGACCCAGAAAGUCAAAGAUGGGUACAUUACAUUACAGCAGUUGUGCUUAUUGAUUAAUGAAUUGGUUUAAUUUGUGUUUGUUGAUUGAUUAAUAGUUACCAGUUGUGUUGACAAAUAAAUAGUUAGCAGUUGUAUUGGUUGAUAGAUAAAUAGAUUGAUUGAUGCUAAUUAUAUUGGUUGAGAUAGAUAGCAGAUGUGUUAUUUGAUAGAUAGAUAGAUAGAUAACUGCUGUAGAUACCAGUUAUGUUAUGCUAUCCCUUUGAAUAUUCAUACCUGAUUUAUACCUUCGGUAGUGGGAUUUUUUUUAGAAAGUCAUAUUGAUCACCACUACUAAAUUCAUAGUACAGUACUACAUAUCAUAGGCGAUGCUUUUGCUGUGUCUUAUUUGUAAGAAGCAGCUGUUGGCUUUAAAAAGGCUCUAUGAGGUAACAAAUGCAUGGAUUAAUUUAGUAGAGUACUAGAGUACUGAAAAGAUAUAUAUAUAUAUAUAU